AUGAAACAGAUAGAGAUUUGUCAUGAAGAAAACAAAAUCUUGGACAAGAUGCACCGACUGAAAGUUGCUGAGGUUGAGAAAUUAACUCAAACUGUGAGGGAACUGGAGAAGGUUGUCCUUGCUGCGUGGUGUGACUGCUCGGAUGCUAUUCUGCCACCACAGUUCGCUACCGCUCUGUUGCCACAAGCACAGUCGCAGGCCGCUGUAGAAUUGGUUCCAAAGAAGCCAUUGCCUGAAAAAGGCAAGCUCUUGGAAGCAGUUGUGAAAGCAGACCCUCUGCUUCAGAUUCUGCUUGUCGCCGGACCUCUUCCUGAGUGGAGGCACCCACCCACGCCACUUGAAUCCUUCGAGAUCCCACCAGUGAGAGUUCCUUCAACGCCACCACGUGCGUGGUACAAGCGUUUUGAAAAGUUUCUUUAUAAACAUACUCUAUUUUUCAAGAAGUCAUUACAAGGUACUUUCUUACUUAUAUGUGUUUAUGAAGAGGACCUUAUAUUUACCGGAAACGAUGAGGCUUUGUUGAGUUCUUUAAAGGAAUGCACGAUGAAGGCAUUUGAUAUGAAUGAUCUUGACGAAUGCGAUAUUUCCAUUAUCCAUGUUCCACUAUUAAGCUGACCAGAAAUUCAGUCUUGCACGGUCGAAGCAAACACAUUGAUGAUCGUUUCCACUUCCUCUGUGAUUUAAGUAAAGAUGAAACUGUGA